UACAUAAAUUUUAAGAUGGUAAAAUGUAAACAAUUCUCAUUUUACAAACUGACUUGUAGAGUUGAAUUAUUUCUUAUUCCCUAUUCUAAGAUAAAUUACAAUUACAAUACACAUUUAUUGUUUAAUUAACUCCCUAAAUAGGCCUAUCCAAAUCUACAUAAAAACAAUUAACAUUUCUGAAAAAGGAAAUGAAUAUGCCAAAGCAUCUAUAUAAUAUGUUACAUGUAAAUUCUAAUAUCCCAUUUCGAACCUACGUAGCAUAUCCUUGUUUAACACUUUAACUUAGUCAAAUAUUCAAUUUCUUAAAUCACACAAAAAUUGAAUCAAAAUCGCAUAAACUCAUAGUACAAUUUUAAAUAGUUUAAUUCCCUCGAAUAUUCUCGACAAAAUUCUAACUAUUCUCAUCAUCUAUAUAUAAAACCAGACUCUCUCACUUCUCUCCACAAACAAAAAACUAUAACCCGAAUCCGAUCCUAAUCCAUAACCCGAACCCGUUUCUCUUUCAUUAAGUUAUCAACAUUCAACAAUGAAUUUUGCUAGAAAGAAACGAGUCACCGAUCCGUUAAACGACGAAGCAAAAGCUCGACUCAUCGGCGGUGAUUUCCGGCAACUAAGCGGUGUUAGCAGCGGAAGUGAACAUUCCGGUACCGGCGAAUGCGAUUCUUCACUGUCUCUCUCUGAGCUAGUGUAUGGUUUUUUGGAGGAAGAUAAUGAAAACGAGAGUGACUCAGCUGGAAACGAUUUCGACUCGGAGCGAGUUGACUCGGUAACCGAUUGCAUGGAAUCGGUGAAGGAUCUACUACAAUUAAGCUCUGAAAACGCUAAUGCAGAUUCUUACAUGAAAAUGCUUCGAUCACAUGUUUCUGAAGCAGCGGUGAAAUUCGCAUUUCUGAAGAAACAAAACGUUACGCUUUACAAUCGGAACGUGAUGUCGUUUUUGCGUGAGAAAGGUUACAAUGCUGCGAUUUGCAAGACACGGUGGGAUUCCUCCGGCGGACUCACCGCCGGUAACCAUGAGUUCAUCGACGUGGUGCGAUCUGAAUCGUCCACGUGGCAAAACAAUAGGUACUUCGUUGAGCUUAAUUUCGCCGGACAAUUCGAAAUCGCACGUCCGACGAGUCGUUACUCGGAGAUUCUGAGUUACGUUCCUGAAAUUUUCGUCGGAAAAUCGGAGGAGUUGAAACGCACCGUUUUGGCUUUGUGUGGUGCUGUGAAACUGUGUUUAAGGAGUGGAGGGUUGAGUAUUCCUCCUUGGAGAAAAAACCGGUACAUGCAGAAUAAGUGGUUUGGACCGUAUCGUAGAACCACAAACCCGGUUCAGGGGAACCCGGUUCCUGCUGUUUCUUCUUUCAGUGGCGCUAAAUGUAGGUUAGUUGGAUUUGAGGACGCUGUUUCCGAGACUAGGCGCGGUGGUGCCUUUGUCCGAACGAGAUGAUUUUUUUUAACUGCAGAUACUGAUCCUCCGAGUCAGAUGAGAUGGCCGAAAGAGAUGAUUGAUCGGGAAUUUUUGAAAUUUUGUUAGUAUAUAUUUAUUUUAAUAUGAAUUUAAUUAUUAGAAUAUUGUAGUAGUUUAUGGAAGGAAUUGGAUUGGGUCGAAUUUCUGAGAAAAAUUAUUAUAUUAAAUUAAGAUAAAGUUGAAUGAAAAUGAUUGAAGUGUGAGAAAAAUAAUUUAUAUGCGGAAAAUGUACAUCGUUUAUAGGCUGAUUCUAGAGUGGGAAAGCAAAUCAUGUCUCUCAUUGGUGAAAGGUACUUUUCCACCAUUAGAUAUGUUGAAAAACCAAUAAAUGGUAUGGAUUAAGUACAGGAUAAUUGUUGCUACAGUGUACUAUAGUAGGUUUCUUUGACUUUUUUUCAUCUACUUUUAUGUCAGUGAUUUGACACAAAGUUAAAGUAAUUUUUUUAUAUUGUUAGACAAAAUAAAUUUGUAAAUUUUUUUUUUUACCCCUUCAGCAAACACCUUGCGUUAGUUUUUGUUUUGUUUUUAACUUAACUUUAUUUAAAAUAAAAUGGCUCCU